AUGAAUGAUUCGUUAACAUAUACACAUGUUAAUCUCACACGAUGGGUAUCAAGUAUACUAUCACCCAUAAUUCUAUUAGGAUGUGCUGUUGGAAACAUAAUUUCGUUCAUGGUUUUAUUACGGCCACGCCUUCGCCGGCAAACAACAUCAAUCUAUUUGGCUGUAUUAUGCGUGGCCGAAAUGGGAACGUGUUAUACAGGUUUACUCCGACAAUUUCUGCUUGAUGCAUUCGAUUUCGAUAUCCGAUUAUUAAAUUCAUUUACAUGCCGCACGCAUCUUUACUUAACAUAUGUAUUUCUUCGCUUAGCUCCGUUGUUAUUAGCAGUCGUUACGUUACAAAGGUAUCUUUAUGUUAGUCAACGUGCUGUUUGCACACUAAGAUCAACAUGUAUACAAUUACUUAGUUUAUUUUUGUUUGUUUGCUUGGCUGAAUUUCAUUUAUUUACAUACUAUGAUUUAACAUAUUCCGACACCCGGCCAAGAACGGAAUAUGUUCCGUUUGAGUGUACCGUGGAUAAAGUACAUCACAAGAAAUACUAUGAUUUUCGCAGUAAAGUCUAUCCGAAAUUAGCACUAGUGGCCUAUACAAUUGUGCCAUUGGCGAUUAUUAUACUUGGAAACGUUCUGUUGGUUCGAACAGUACGACGAGCAUCGAAACGAUCACGUUCAUCCACGCGGAAGAAGCGUUCGGUGACACGAAUGUUAUAUGCUGUCAGUGUUCUAUAUACUGUUCUAACAUCUCCUGCAUCCAUAUUUCUUGCCAUCGCACCCACAAACUAUCAACUAGCACCAGGAUUUCGUUUACAAUGGACAUUGCUUCGUCUGCUUUUCUAUUUGUGCCAUUCGGUUAAUUUCUUAUUAUUCUGUGCGAGUGGAACAUUUUUUCGACAGGAGUUUAUCUCAUUUAUCAACUCGAAUUGUGGCUGUCGAAUCAGUUGGACUGAUCACUCUAAUCAACCGUUGACAACUGCUGCUAUAACAAAAUUAGAUGAAGAAACUCUACCUCCGACAACGAAGUACAACAACCAUAACAUAAUUCUGUUGGGAAGCGAGAAAUAUAGUUCAAGAUUGCACAGCAAAGCGUCCGUUGAAAGUCAACCAACGUCAGUCUAG